AUGGUGAAAGAGGAAGUGGAUAAGUUUGUAGAUCUUAUUAGCAGAGAUUUUGUAAAGGUUUGGUAUGAUUUAAUCAGUAACAACAGCCAGUGUAUGGAGGAAGCCUCACAGCUGCUCACAAGUCUUCUCCAAGAUAGUACCCGCAGGAUAGGAAAAGCUGGGAGAGGGAAGUUAAUACCAGUUUUGCUCACAGUGUUUAGGGGCCAUGUUAAAGGAUACCAAGCAUCUGUUCAUUACCUCAAGAUGCAGCCAGCAUACAGGAAGAAGAAAGAUCCCUCAAAGAUAGAGUUCAAAAAGGUGAAAACAAUUGAGGAGGCUUUUGAGAAACAGGUUCAUUUCCACACAGCUCUGUAUGAUAUGGAGACAGAGGUGCAGUAUGUGAGAGCUGUAACAAGACUUCUGUUGGCCACUUUAGCACCAGACAAGGUCUACAAAACUGAAAGUGCAACAGAGAUGCUGGUUGAAAUACUUGCCUGUAACAUGCUGCUCCCUCUAGUGGCAAAACUCAGCGACACUCACACUCUACACAGGUGUAUUGUGGCAGUUCUCUCUGAUGAGGAGCCAGAGAUAGUUCAGCCACUAGAGGGAAGCAUAAGUCAAGACAAGACUUUGAUGAAGUCACCAGACAGUGACCAAAACCAAGGUCAAUCUGCAAGUUUGCCACUAGAUGGAACCCCUGUACAGGAUGGACUAGGUUUUGAGCAGAAGCAAGAAUUACUAAAAGGAAGCGAUUCCAACUCAAGUGAAGCAGAAAAUACUCAUGAACUUAAUGAAAAGGAAACACAUUUUGAUUCUGAGCAGUCUGCAGAUCUCCAGGAAUAUGAGCAAGAUGAACCAGAAAGUGAUCUGGAAAAAUGUGGAGAAUUUGUCUCAUCUAGUUUAGGCCAAUACUUUAGACUGUUGCCUGAAGGGAAUUCAUCGCCUGUCUCAACCAGCACAAUGAACACAAUCACAGCUAACACAACCAGCUCAGGAAGUUCUUCUUACCCAUUUUCUACUCUAACACAACAAUCCAAGCCCCAGACUACCCAAACAACAGCUGUGAAAACUACAGUAAGUUCUGAUCACUCUCCUGAAUCCAAGCCACAGAAGAGACCUACAGAACUUAGACUUGAUCAAGAGGCUAUCAAGAGAGCAUUGCUCCAUGAGUCAAGUUCAGAUACACCCUUUGAGGAAGUUGGUGUCAAGGACAUGCUAACUGUGUCAAGUUCAAGGUCGUCUUCAAGUGAUGUGUCAAUUUCAGAUGAGGUCAUAUCUUCAGUGCAAGGUCAAGGGUCAGGGGUGAAGGACAGUAGGGAAGCCACAUCCACAGAGGGUACAAAUAUAUUUAGAGAAGCUAGCAGAAAUGUUGAAACCCUCAGCAAAGUUGGAGGGAAUUCAACCUCAAAAGAAGAUAGUAUCAGUUCAUCUGUCAGUAGGAAAAUAGAGGAACCUCAUCAACAGGGUUCAUCAUUUUUGGGGAGAUUCAGAAGGCAGAAUGAGAAGAGUCCAAGUAAAUCUGCCAAUGGUAACUUCAAUCUGAAGGGACCAUCUUUUUUGCUCUCUGGAGAACAGACUGUGGAGGCAGAGAAAGCAGUGCCCCAAGGCACGUUAUCAGGUGAGACAUUUUCUCAUGGGAUUGAGGCUGCGUGGGAGCCAGAGAAUGAUGAUAAUAAUCAGCAGUCAGAGAGCAGUGAUGUUAAAGAAGGCUCCUCUGUGUUGACUGCUGGAAUUCUUGAAAGUGAGGGAGAGAUAGCUGUGUCUGGGAUAACAGGACAUAUUGGAAUUGCCCAACAGAGACGCCCUUUGAAAGUCCAUUGGAGUGAUGAAGAGAAUCAGCAGGAGGUUACAGGAUCAGCAGUGCCUCAUUCUGGGGUUGCUAGGAGACAAGCAACACAGGGGGAGGCUGAUGGAAGAGCCAAUGUUGACAGGCAAAGAGGUAUUUUUACAGCAAUAUCCAGAGCAGAUAGCACUGAGAUAUUAGACAGGCCACAAACUGACCGUAGCCCUGGUCAUCUACACCGCAGUGCAUCUAUCAACAUUCCACUCCAACUGGACAAAGCUGACCACCAGAUGUCCAGUUCCCCUGUCGUUGGUUCCAGUGGAAAUGAAAGUGAAAGUGCUCUGUCUUCAGAGAUGGACAGUGUUAGCGUAGAGGAUAUUCAGAGUUGUGUUUCCAAUGGUCAAGCUACUGGAGUUCGUCAGAAACGCAUCAUGAGGCAAAGACAGGUUGUCACAACAACGGAGGUGCCAAAUUUUAUUUUCCAGAAUGUGUAUAUUACACAGACUGAGACUGCCACAGAACCUUCAUUUACAUCUAACAAGCCAUAUACUCUGUAUAAAAUAGAGUAUGAAGCCUGGUAUUUAACUGAGGAAGAAGAGUUUAUCCUGCAGAAGAAAGUGGUUUGGAGAAGGUUCAGGGAAUUUGUCAAUCUUCAUUCCAGGUUGGAAAACAGUGACUUGUAUAAAAAAUGCAUCAAAGAUGUGAAGGGCCCAAAGAAAUGGCUAACCAUGCCGUUUGGUAUUGGAAACAUGGGACAAGAGAACAUUGACAGUAGGAAGAGCACCUUGGAGGUGUACUUACAGACCCUGUGUGCUAAGAGUGGUCUGUCUGUUUUAUCACAGAAAUUAACAGAAAUAUUAACCCAGGUGUUUUGUUAUAGCAGACCCUGUGUGCUAAGAGUGGUCUGUCUGUUUUAUCACAGAAAUUAA